CGAUUUUCUGUUCCUCUGUCGCGCGAGGCAAAUCUCCCCCAGGCGUUCCCGGAGCCGGCGCCGCGGCGAGAAGCGCGCGUCCCCAGGCGUUCGUUCUCCACGCCGGCGAGACGAAGAGAGAGCAGAGGGGAAGGGCGCCUCGCCCCACGUCGAUCGGCGCGCCCGGCCGCCACCGAUGGAUUCGGCUCGGCCCAGGAGGGUUCCCAACAAAUCCCGCCGCCCGGACUGGAGAGAGGAGCUUAGGGCAAAUUGCAUGACAAGAGUUAAAAAUGAGAGAGUCCACUUGCUCUGGAAGAUGAGGAACCAAGGGCAGCCACCUGCUACUGACAUGAAAACGGCUGAAUCUGCAGUCAGGAACAUUAUCUCGGAUGAGGUAAAGAAACUCAAAAGAUGUGUGGAUGGAAAAAAGGACCAAGAAGUUGAUAUGAUAUGGGAAUAUGAAGGACCACAAGAAGCUAAGCCAGCUGAAUUUGAAAGCGAAGAUAUAUUGCUUGAAAUGGAAAGACUUCUUUAUGAAGAUCUGCGGGAAGAAAUGAUCCGAAAAGAAAUAGAGGCCCUUGAUGAGGAAGAUGCAUACUUAGCUCAGGCUGUUUACGAUCAUAUGCAAUUGAAGGAAGAGGGUGUGGAAAAUGCUAAGCUCUGGUGUCCAGUAUGCAAACAAGGAGAGCUACGAGAAACUCAUAAUCUCAUACACUGUACUUUGUGUAAGAUGCGGCUUGACCUUGAAGAAGAUAAGGUAAACCUAGCUUUCUUGCGGGAACGGUUGGCCAAUGUCCAUAUGGAGCACUUAGACAGAGGAUGCACAUUAUCACCCAAGUUCUGCUUGCACGACAUGUUUGGGUUGAAUGCACUUUACAUACGUUGCGAUGAAUGCAGCACUUUCGAAGUUGUGGUGUAAAAAUAGCGAUAAUGCUGACGAUGACCAUAUGAUCCAUUGUUCCAAAUAUCGGCCAGUUAAUCGCUACUCAGUGGGUCACCGAAUAGCUGAUUAACUGAUUUAUCGUCCGAAUAACUGAUUUGUCAGCUGAUUAACUGGAAAAUUCGCCUAUUUAUCCCUACUCAGCACCAGACCGAUAUGGUACCAGUUACUGAUAUCAUGAACACUGAUAUGAUCAACAUAGGAAGGUGUUGGCAGUUUUCCUGAAGUUACUUCUCAGAAACUUGCUGGAAAAAUGCACACAUGUACCCAUUGUUAUAAGUUGAGGUGGCCAAACAUGAAAGGUUCCAUACAAAUGUAAUCGCAGGUCUGCCUGCCUUUGUAGAAUUUCUGCCGUGUUUGCAGUGUAAUUAACCAGUUAAGCUUGCUCAACAUUUCGUUGGCAGCUUACACGACGCUAUCAGUGCAUUGACCAGCAUCCUUAAAUGAAAUGCUCUUUUUCA